AUGUCGUCGACUACCUCUUCGGCGCCAGCCGAACCAACCAGCUUUGAAGAUGACAGUCCUACCAAGCGUUCACGGGUCGUGCUCACUGCAACUAUCGGCGGCGUCUGUAUCCUAGCAGUUACAAUUGCGUUUAUAGCUAUUAGGGUAUCUCGUUGGCUUCGUGGCAGGGCAGAUCGCAAGAGAAGAAGGAAGCUCCUGAACAUUAAUGGUGGUAAUCGCCAGAAGCGCAACGCAUGGGAUGUUCAGGAAUGGGAGGGUACACCCGGCGUAUCACCACCCUUCCCAUCAGGCUUGAGGAACAGGACGCUUCAUUACUUUUGA